AUGCGUUUCCUCGCCAUCCUCCCUUUCAUUGCCGGCGUCGCCAUGGCCGUCCCCCACCCCGGCACUGACGCUGUCCAGAAGUCCUGCGUCGGCGUCGGUGCUAAGUGCAGCAACGCAACCCCUAGCAACUUUACCAUGAUCCCCGACCAGAAAUUCUGCUGCCCUUGGUUGGUCUGCGGUGCUGACAACACCUGCCAGAGAAAGUAA